UCCCGCAUUCUUCUCCCCUUCUGUUUCCUCUUUUGCUCUCUCUCUCGAAACCGAUCUUCGGAGAUCAGAUCUCAAGCAAUGGCGACCCAAACCCUAACGGCGCGCGAGGAGAAUGUGUACAUGGCGAAACUGGCGGAGCAAGCCGAGCGCUACGAGGAGAUGGUGGAGUUCAUGGAGAAGGUCUCGGUGGCGGCCGGCGACUCGGAGGAGCUCACCGUCGAGGAGCGCAACCUCCUCUCCGUCGCCUACAAGAACGUGAUCGGCGCUCGCCGCGCCUCCUGGCGGAUCAUCUCCUCCAUCGAGCAGAAAGAGGAGUCCCGCGGCAACGGCGACCACGUCUCCACCAUCAAGGAGUACCGCGGCAAGAUCGAGUCCGAGCUAUCUUCCAUCUGCGAUGGCAUUCUCAAGCUUCUUGACUCCAGGCUGAUCCCCUCUGCCGCCGCCUCUGCCGACUCCAAGGUCUUUUACCUGAAGAUGAAGGGCGAUUACCAUCGGUACUUGGCCGAAUUCAAGACCGGCGGCGAGAGGAAGGAGGCCGCGGAGAAUACUCUCAAUGCCUAUAAGGCGGCACAGGAUAUAGCCAAUGCGGAUUUGGCUCCAACACAUCCAAUUCGACUUGGGCUGGCUCUUAACUUCUCUGUCUUCUAUUAUGAAAUUUUGAAUUCACCUGAUAGGGCUUGCAGUCUUGCAAAACAGGCUUUUGAUGAAGCCAUUGCAGAGCUGGAUACGCUGGGAGAGGAUUCCUACAAAGACAGCACUUUGAUAAUGCAACUUCUUCGCGAUAACCUCACAUUGUGGACAUCAGACAUGCAGGAUGAUGGAGAGGAGAUCAAAGAAGCACCCAAGCAGGAGGACGAGCAGCAGCAGAAGUGAACUCAUUUGUUUCAAUUUUAGCAUUUCACUUCUCUGUUUGUUUUUGGCUAUGGGAAGUCGCUUGGUGUUUCUAUUUAUUAUGUUACCAGUCUUUAUGCAUCAGGAUGUACUCACUUUCUUAUAAACCUGUUUUUGUCCACAUGAAUGUUUCAUUUCUAUUUCAGAUUUUGAAAAGCCAUAAUUUUUUAUGCUUGAA